CUAUUUUCAUCUCUCCCGACCUUGUACAACGUGGAGCCGUGGAGUGACGACGUGAGCCAUACCGGCGGUGCACUGUGGACGUCUGAGCUGAGGAAACAUAUAGAAGAAGAGGUAAAAAUAGAGAAUGUUUCUGGGAACUGCUACACUACCCUCAGCAUCUUCAGUUCCGUAUCCGUACAUUCUGAGACCAACUCUGUCAACUGUCUUUUCAUCUCAACCAUGCUUCAGCUUUAGCUUUAGAAUCAGAAAGAAGCAAACUCUCUCUGUGUCUUGCGACUACUCCUGUUUUGAAAUAAGGGAUGUCAGUUAUCGGCCUCCUGGGACGAAGCUCAACCUCUUGGAUAGAGUCAAUCUCUCCCUUCCGGAAAGAAGUUUGGGCUUGAUAUUUGGACGGAGUGGAAGUGGAAAGACUACUCUCUUGCAACUGAUUGCAGGAUUGAAUAAACCAACAUCAGGGUCCAUUCACAUACAAAGAUAUACUGAUGAUGGCCAACCAUAUCAGUGUCCCGAACCUUUGAACCCAGAAAGAGUUGGGAUUGUUUUCCAAUUUCCCGAGAGAUACUUUGUGGCAGACAAUGUGCUUGAAGAAGUUACAUUUGGUUGGCCAAGACAAAGUGGAAGCCUUCAUCUGAGAGAGCUUCUUGCUUUGAGACUCCAAAAGGCUAUUACUUCGGUUGGUCUGACAGGAAUCUCUUUGGAUAAAGAUCCCAACUCAUUAAGUGGGGGCUACAAACGUCGACUUGCUUUAGCAAUUCAGUUGGUACAAACUCCUGAUUUGUUGAUAUUGGAUGAGCCUCUUGCUGGCCUUGAUUGGAAGGCUCGUGCAGACAUUGUAAAGUUGCUGAACUCUCUAAAGAAAGAGCUAACUUUACUCGUCGUUAGCCAUGACCUCAAAGAAUUGGCAUCUCUAGUGGAUCGAUCAUGGAGAAUGGAAAUGGGCGGGAAUCUAAAAGUUGACAGACUUCCCAUUUGAUUCUGUAAUCUGUAUGGCUCGGGAGAUUGAAUUCUUUGUGCAGUAGGAAUUUGUUUGUAAUUGUUAAUGAAAUUUGUUUAGGGUUUGCUAAAAAUACGAUAGGCUCAAAUAAUUACUUAAAAUUAUUUGAAAAAUUAUAAUUACGCCUCAAACUUUUGUUUU